AUGGGUAUAGAAAGCGUUGUGGAUGAAAAUGCAAGAAAAUCAUGUGGUGGUCUUCAUGAUGCUGCUUGUUCUGCGUGUGAGAUGGCGGUUGUUUGGAUGCAGAGCCAGCUGAGCCGAAAUCAGACGCAGGAUCAGAUACUAAGCUACAUCAAUCAACUUUGUGAUAAAAUGCCUAGCCCGAUGGGACAAUCUUCUGUUGACUGUGGGAAUAUCUCUUCAUUACCUGUUGUGUCCUUUACCAUUGGUGGAAGAACUUUUGACCUGCGCCCAGAGGAGUACAUACUCAAGGUGCGUGAAGGCCCAGCGGCUCAGUGCAUUAGUGGCUUUACUGCUAUAGAUAUUUCACCUCCUCGUGGCCCUCUCUGGAUCCUUGGUGACGUCUUUAUGGGCCGUUAUCACACAGUAUUUGAUUUUGGUAAUCUUAGAGUGGGAUUUGCUGAAGCCGCAUAA